ACUUAAGAUCCGUGACAGUCUCCGCCUCCCACCGACCAUCAGCGGGAGAGUGUACUACGACUACUGACAAGUGUUGUCAUUUUCUAUCAAAUGUCAACGUGAGCCCUUUGACGCUAUCUUGCCGGCGAGGCUUGUCACGACGCUUCAAUUUGUCAGGUCGUUGACUUGCAGUCAUCUGUCAAUUCGCACCAUGAGUUCCUCGAUGUCGAUGAACAACGCUGGUCCUUCAGCCACUGCCACUGGUAUGGAGACGGUGGUGGCAGUCGCAUUGGGUGCACUCGCAGCGGUCUUUCUUGGCGCGCUCUUGGUGCUCCUAGUUAUAUGUCGCAGACAACGUUGCUAUUACAAUCAGAAGGAUUCUGCGGACUUGAGUUCCGACUUGCUGGAAGGAGAGAAUAUCACUGGCUUGGGAUUAGAUGCUUGGGAAAGCGAGGAGUGGCUAGCUGGUGCUGAAAGAUGGGUGGACGAUGCUACCGGCCUAGCUCCACCUUGUAUAGCAGUGCUACGAUCUUGUCAUGCCCUGGCAGCAAGUCUCACGGCUAUCGCUGGGACUGUCAACAGCAAUACUGUGCCUUUGGAAAUAGUAGAUGUUGCACGACGUAUACCACCUCGCGUCGACGACGUAGUGCGGAGUUUGUAUCCACCGUUGGACGCUAGACUGCUGGAGGCUAGAGUGGCGGCUCUGGUACUGGCGGUGACCCAUUUGGCGUUGGUGACAAAGCACGGCGUGCCGAAGAAUCAGGCCAGAAAGUUGGCAUUCAUCGACCAAGCUCUUAACGAUAUGGACACGCAUCUAUUGGUGCUUAGGAACGCUGCAUUGGCGCAGGAAGUGGCCUGUUCUAUUCCGGCCUCGACGCCAGUUUGAAUUUACUUUGCAAGUUGAUCUCGCGAGGUACUCGUAAUCUUUGAACAAUCAUCCUCCUUUCUGCGGUUCUGAAUAAUGCAAUAUGGCGUGGCUGCAACGAAAACUGUACAUAAUACAGUUAGUUGCUAGAUGUGCUUAGUUGCACAAAUGUAGUACAUUUGGAGUACAUAUGUAUAUAUAUCCUGGUGUACUUCUUUAUUCAGGAUAUAUAUACAUAUUACAUUGUUUUUCGGUUAGCAUUGCGCAAAUAUGGGUAAUUGAUCUCAAGAUAUAGAAUCUCAACGAAUACAAGGCUCAGGAUCACUGAUGCAAAGAAAUUCUUCAGAUAUUUCGUGUCGAUUAUCGUUGUUAUAAAAAUUGUAUACAUUACAUUUUUCGCCACGGCACACGUUGGAAGUAUAUCGCGUGAAAGUUAUUUAAAUAAGUUUUUAAAACGCCUAACGAAUGAUAUUUUGUAAUGCAAAGAUAUAUGCAGAAACGGCGGUCUUCCAUGUUAAUAUAUUAUCAUAGUUAUUUAUAUAUAUAUAUAUAUAUAAUCUAUAUUUACGUACAUAUAGAUAAAAAUGUAUUUUGGAACUAUGUAAUCCAUCGUACCUGUGUAUGUUUGUACAUGUUACAACAAUAUUUUAUAUCCUUGCAAGAGAGAAUCAAAUUAUUUUAGAUUAAGAAGAAAUUUGUAAUACAGUUGACCAUAAAAGAAACAUUGUUUCCUGUUUCUCGUC